CCUUCGAUAGGUAGUAGGUCUAGGGGUAGAAACCGCACCCCCGUCGAAGCCAAUUCAACCAGAUUUGCUCCCUAAACUGUGUCUGCUCCGUAAACAACAGCAUGCUCUCCAGCGAUGCUCCUCCGCCCCCUAACCCGUGUCUUCUUCCGCUCCUCGUUCCGCUAUCGCCGGGCCCACCGUUGUCGCCGGCUGACGAUGCUCGCCGUCCUCACCAUCUUCAUCUUCCUAACCACUCCUUUUUACUUCGUCUACAAACCCCCGCAGUUCAUCAUCCGCUAUCUCCAGCGCCGCGGGCCUGAUGUCCUGUGGCAUGUCUCCACCUCAUCCAAAGUCGUCGCACUCACAAUCGACGACACACCAUCCCAGUAUACAUCUGAGAUGGUGCAGAUUUUGAAGGAAAACGAUGCUCGGGCUACAUGGUUCGUGAUCGGGAACCAAGUCCCCGGCCGCGAGAAGGUGCUAGACGAACUAGUCCAAAACGGAAAUGAACUGGCGAACCAUGCGAUGCGCGACGAGACAUCCAAGUCUCUUAGUGAUGACGUGCUGCGUGAACAGAUCGUGACUGUGGAGGGCAUGAUUCGACAGGCAUAUGCCUCCGUGGACCGCGAGGAGGAUUUCCCAAAGUACUUCCGACCCGGCGGCGGAUUCUUCAAUCGGAGGAUGCAGGAUCUGCUUGCUCGGCUGGGCUACAGGCUGGUACUGGGCGAUAUUUAUCCCCAUGAUCCAUUUGUGUCCUACUGGAGGGUCAAUGCGAGACAUAUUCUAAGCAUGUUGCAUCCCGGAGGGAUCAUUAUCUGUCACGAUCGCCGGAGCUGGACGCCUCCAAUGCUGCGGGAGGUGCUUCCAAAGAUUCGUCGACAGGGUUAUCGGAUUGUUACUGUGACAGAGCUACUGGAGGAGCAUAAGCGGGAGAUGAUAAUGACCUCACGCAUCACAUAGAACACCUCAUGCCCUACAGGCUGUUCCCUACGGGCUUAGUGAUUGUUUAUGCUUGAUAUCUAUCUUAGACAUUGUUGGAUCUAGCGAUACCCACUGGAAAUUUUUUUUUUUCAUGUUCAUAUAUGGUCACUAUCUAAAUGAAACAAGAAAUUAUGGACAGAAUGCAGGCUCAAAGGACAAA